CCAUUCCAUUCCCGUUCAGCCUUUUGAAGGAGAUGGGAACAAUAUCCUUGUAGAUGAAAUCAGGGAAGCCAUUUAUUUUGUGCAAUUGAGCUUUUGCACAGAAAAAGAUGAUCCAUUUCUUGGUCCUGUUAAUGUUGGUGGUUCUGCCCAUACUGACAUCAGGAUCAUCAAAUUCUUUCCCAGCAGAGGGAAGAACAGGAGAGCCAUCAGCUUCCCGCUGCAGCCUUUUUGGAGAUGCUCACAUUGAAACAUUUGAUGGGUCUUUCUACGACUUUGCCGGGGACUGCAGUUACAUCCUGGCCACAGACUGUUACAAGCGUUCCUUCACAGUCCUAGGUAAUUACCAGAAUGGAAGAAGGAAUGGCUUCUCUGUGUAUCUUGGAGAAUAUUUUGACAUUCGGUUCUCUAUAGAUGGAACUGUGACCCAGGGAAACAAAAGGAUUUCCAUACCCUUUGCUUCCCAUGGGAUAUAUCUAGAGAAUGAGGCAGGUUACUAUAAGUUAUCCAGUGAGGAGCAUGGCUUUGUGGUAAAGAUUGAUAUCAGUGGCAAUAUUCAGAUACUGCUGGAAGAUAAACAUUAUAAUAAAACCUGUGGUCUUUGUGGCGACUUUAAUAGCUUUGCUGAAGAUGACUUCAGGACUCAGGAAGGGACCUUGGUCAAAAACAGUUAUGAUUUUGCAAACUCCUGGGCUUUGGACAGUGAAGAUGAGCAAUGCAGGAGAGUGCCUGCUCCAAGCAAUACUUGCAACAUCUCCUCUGAUAUGGCAGACAAGGAUGUCAUGCAGAAGUGCCAGCUGCUACAGACGUCCCUGGUGUUCUCCAGAUGCCAUCACCAAAUUGAUCCAGAGCCAUUCAUUAAUCUGUGUGAGAAAGACAUGUGCACAUGUGCUCAGGACAUGAGUUGUCACUGCCCAACAUUCCUGGAGUAUGCAAGGAGCUGCGCUCACCAGGGAGUGAUCCUGGAUGGGUGGCCUGAGGACAGCUUGUGCAGGCCAAGAUGUCCAGUUGGCAUGGAGUAUAAGGAGUGCAUCUCUCCUUGUGCCAAAACCUGUCAGAGUCUGAAUAUCAAUGAAGUGUGUCGAGGACAAUGUGUGGAUGGCUGCAGCUGCCCUGAGGGGAAACUACUUGAUGGUGACCAUUGCGUCGACAGCUCUGAAUGCUCUUGCAUACAUUCUGGCAGGCACCAUCCUCCUGGCUCCUCCAUCUCCAAGGACUGCAACUUCUGUGUUUGCCGACGUGGUAUCUGGAUCUGCAGCAAUGAGGAGUGCCCAGGAGACUGCUCUGUCACCGGCCAGUCCCAUUUCAAAAGUUUUGACAACAAAUAUUUUACCUUCAGUGGGAUCUGUCAAUAUUUAUUUGCCAAAGACUGUGAGGAGAAGUCCUUUUCUGUUAUCAUCGACACUGUCCAGUGUGCAGAUGAUCUGGAUGCGGUAUGCACUCGCUCAGCCUCUGUCCGACUCAAAGACAUGGAGAACAGCAUCAUAAAAAUGAAGCAUGGGGGAGGAAUUUCUCUGAAUGGACGGGACAUCCAAAUUCCUUUGGUGCAAGGUGCUCUCCGUAUCCAGCAUACCAUAAUGUCUUCAGUUCGCCUCACCUAUGGAGAAGACUUGCAGAUUGACUGGGAUGGUCAUGGCAAACUCUUGGUGAAGCUUGCCCCUGUGUAUACUGAAAGAACAUGUGGCCUAUGUGGAAAUUACAAUGGCAACCAAGGGGAUGACUUUCUUAUACCUUCUGGCAUGGUCGAAGCCCUUGUGGAAGACUUCGGAAAUGCUUGGAAGCUCAAUGCAGAUUGCCAAGAUUUGUUAAAGCAAGACAGCGAGCCCUGUAGCUUCAAUCCUCGCUUAGCCAAGUAUGCAGAGGCGUCCUGCUCCAUUCUGAUGUCCCCCCUGUUUGAGCCUUGUCACCAUGAAGUCAAUCCUUCUCCCUAUCUGAAGAACUGCCACUAUGAUGUUUGCUCCUGUUCUGAUGGCAAAGAUUGCUUGUGUUCUGCUAUUUCUAGCUAUGCCACGGCAUGUGCUAGGAAAGAUGUCCUCAUCAAGUGGAGGGAACCAGACUUCUGCUCAAUGAGUUGUCCUGAAGGCCAAGUUUACCAACAAUGUGGAACUCCAUGCAAUCAGACCUGCCGAUCCCUGUCCUACCCAGAUGCAGAUUGUAAUGAUUUCUGCAUGGAAGGCUGCUAUUGCCCACCUGGGCAAUAUGUUGACGAGCGUGAAGACUGUGUGCCAAAAUCCCAGUGCUCUUGUUACUAUGAUGGUGAGAUUUUCCAACCGGAUGAUAUCUUUUCUGACCAUUACUCUAUGUGCUAUUGUGAAAAUGGCUUCAUGCACUGCAGUACCAACAGGCUUCCUGGUGCCUUCCUGCCAGAUAUUUACUUCGCCAAUCAGCCAUCUUCCAGAAUAAAAAGGAGCUUGACCUGCAGGCAUCCCAUGGACAAGUUGAUCUGUCCCCCAAACAACCCAGGGGCUGAAGGCAUUGAGUGUGCUAAGACCUGCCAGAACUAUGACUUAGAGUGUGUCAGCCAUGGCUGUAUAUCUGGAUGCCUCUGUCCCAAAGGGAUGGUACGACAUGAAACCAAAUGCAUUGCUCUUGAGAGGUGCCCAUGUUUCCACAAUGGAAGAGAAUAUUCUACAGGACAGAGAAUGACCAAGGACUGUAACACUUGUGUGUGUCGUGGCCGAAAGUGGGACUGCACAACUAAUGUAUGUGAUGCCACCUGCUCUGUUAUUGGUACUGCUCAUUACUUGACAUUUGAUGGAUUAAAAUACAAGUUCCCAGGUGCCUGUCAAUAUGUGCUGGUUCAGGAUUAUUGUGAGGAUAUGCUUGGGACCUUUCGGAUACUCAUUUCAAACGAGGGAUGUGGCUUUACCCGAGACAAGUGCACUAAAAGAGUUACCAUUUUCUUUGAAAAUGGGGAGAUAGAGCUGUUCAAUGGAAAUGUAAAUGUUAAGACACCUCCUACAGAUGAAACUGGUUUUGAAGUCCUGAAGUCUGGACGUUAUUACAUCCUCUUAUUGGGCAAAGAUAUCUCUGUCUCCUGGGAUCUGGCCAUGGGAAUCUCAGUCAUCCUGACAGAAGAUUUCCAAGAUCGAGUGUGUGGUCUAUGUGGAAAUUUUGAUGGAAUCCAAAACAAUGACUUGACCAGCAGCAAUAAUCAUCUUGAAGUAGAUCCAGUUGACUUUGGGAAUUCCUGGAAAGUUAAUCCACACUGUGCCAAUGUCAAAAAGUUUAACCAGGGGCAGACACUGAUUUCUCCACUGUGCAAUAACAACCUAGAAAAGCAGGUGAUGGUGGAAAAUUCAUGCAGCAUAUUGACUAGUGAUGUCUUCAAUGAAUGCAGAAAAUUGGUGAAUCCUGAGUCAUAUGUUGAUAUCUGCAUUUAUGAUACAUGCACUUGCGAGUCUAUCGGGGACUGUGCUUGCUUCUGUGAUGCAAUAGCGGCCUAUGCUCAUAUCUGUGCACAAAAAGGAGCAGUUGUACAAUGGAGAUCACCAACUCUGUGUCCACAAAGCUGUGAGCACAUGAAUAAGCAAGAGUUAGAGUAUCAGUGUGAAUGGCGAUAUAACAGCUGUGGACCUGCCUGCUCUGCAACGUGCCAGCACUUGGAGCCUGUGGAGUGCCCUCUGAGAUGUGUAGAAGGAUGCCAUGUACACUGCCCUCCUGGGAAAAUACUUGAUGAACUAUCCCAGAGGUGUAUUGAUCCCCAAGACUGUCCUGUGUGCAUAUUAGAAGGGUCCAGGAUCUCCCACGGGAAGAAGAUAUUUUUGAACAAAGAUGAUCUGGAACGCUGUCAGUCUUGCCUUUGUGAAGGAAAGAACCUAACAUGUCAUGCCUGCGAGCCAGGAGAGGUGGAAGAAAGGCCAACACCAACGCCAACGCCUCUACCUCCAGAUGAGAUGGAAAUAGGGCCAGUUGAAUACUCCUGCAGCAAAAUGAUGGACCUAGCCCUCCUACUAGAUGGCUCCAACAAACUCUCAGAACAGGACUUUGAAGUGCUGAAGGAUUUCACAAGUGGCAUGAUGAAAAAACUCCACAUUUCACAGAAGAAAAUCCGAGUGUCUGUUCUGGUGUACACCACUGCCUCCAACAUAUAUCUUGGGCUCAAAGAAAUUAAACCACCAUAUCUAAUGAGGAGAAUGGUCAAAAAUAUAAAAUACGCAGGUGGAAAUGUUGCUUCUAUUCCUGAAGUGCUUAAAUAUGUUAUUUACCAUGUAUUUAAAAAGGCACCAAGGACAAAUGCUGCUAGAAUCGCUAUGUUGUUUACAGCAAGCAAAUCUCCAGGAAACGUUGGCUCUAUGUUCAAGCAUUUGAGGAAGGAAAAAAUUACGGUAAUACCAAUAGGACUUGGACCACACAUUAGUAGGGAGCAAAUCAACCUAAUUGAAAGUCAGUCACCAGAGAACAAGGCUUUCAUAAUGAACAAUGUACUGGAGUUAAAGGAUAACAAGGAGAUCAUAAUUGAUUACCUAUGUGGUCUUGUGCGUGAAGAAACUGUUUCAUUACCACCUACAGUCGCAAAGAUCAUUAUAACUCCGCCUCCUGAAACUAAAGUGACAGUACCCAGUGUGGAGUCAGGGGUUACAAGAGCAGGUAUGUCCUUUACUACAAAUCCUGUUUUCACUAUACUUGAUGUAGCUUUUAUUGUGGAAGGAUCUGAAAAAGUCGGAGAGAGGAACUUCAACAUAAGCAAGCAGUUCAUUGAACAACUAGUGCAAAGAAUGGACAUAGGACAAAACAAGAUUCAUAUUACCAUUAUUCAGUACUCACAUUCUGUCACUGUGGAGUACUCCUUCAGUGAAAUACAAUCAAAACAACACAUUAUUGAGAAAGUGCGGCAGAUACCAUACCAAGGAGGUGGAGCCACCAACACUGGAAAUGCUCUCAACUAUGUCUCUCGUCACACAUUUAUCUCAGACAAUGGGGCUAGAGAUCAAGCACCUCGUUUGGUAUACAUGGUGACUUCAAACCCUUCCACUGAUGUCAUCACCCGUGUUCCCAAAAGCAUAAAGGUUACCCCCAUCGGUAUUGUCCCCAAUGCAAACAUUGAGGAGCUUAAGAAGAUCAGUCAGCCAGACAAUCCAAUAAUCAUAACAAGUUACAACAAUCUUAUUCCAAAAGUUCCCGACUUAGUGUUGAAAACAUGCUGUUCUGGUAAAUAUAUGCCAAAGCCACCAACUUCAGGUCUGUGCCAUAAACCAAUGGAUGUCAUGUUUCUUCUGGAUGGAAGUGCCUCUGUUGGAGUAUCAGAAUUUGAGGAAAUGAAAAGCUUUAUUAAGGCAUUUAUUAGAAAGUCUGAUAUCAGUGAUACCACAACCCAUAUUGCAGUUCUCCAGUGUGCCGGUGAAAAUACACAAGAAAUUUCAUGGAACAUGCCACAAGAGGAUAAAAAACUUCUAGAUAUGGUGGACUCAAUUCAGCAAAGAGAGAAAGGUCCAACUAGGUUGGGGAGAGCCAUAGACUACGCUGUUCAACAUGCUAUGACUGAAGCCAAUGGAGGGAGGCCCACUGCUGUAAAGAUAGCAGUAGUCCUUGUAUCGGAGAGAUCAGAAGAUCCAGUGGAUGCUGCAGCACGUUCUGCAAACGGCAACAGGGUAACUGUGUUUCCAAUUGGCAUUGGGGAUAGGUAUGAUGAAGGACAGCUGAGGACUUUGACUGGGGAAUCUGCUACUGACAGGAUCAUUAAGCUUCGCCAAUUUGAAAACCUGCCCAGCAUGGUCACCUUGAAUGAUGCAUUUGUCAAUAAAUUGUGUACAGAGCCUGUCCAAGAAUGCAUUGAUGAUGAUGGGAAUAAAAGGAGACCUGGUGACACAUGGAUAUUAUCAGAUCGAUGUCACACCGUGACAUGCUUUCCAGGUGGUCAUACUAUUCUGGAGAAUUAUCGAAUUAACUGUGAGAAGCUGCCCAAACCUACAUGUCGCAAUGAUCUUCCUGCUGUUAAACUUGAGGAAACCUGUGGCUGUCAUUGGGUGUGUCCUUGUAGGUGCCUGGGAAGCUCAACUCGCCACAUUGUCACCUUUGAUGGGCUGAAUUUUAAACUGACUGGCAAUUGCUCCUACACCAUGUUUCAAGACAAAGAGCAUGAUAUUGAAGUGAUUCUUCACAAUGGUGCAUGCAGUUCAACACCAAAAAUUAACUGUAUGAACUCUGUAGAAGUAAAGCACAGUGGUGUAUCCCUGAAGCUCUCUAGUGACAUGACUGUUGCUGUUAAUGGAGACAGGGUCAGUCUCCCCUACACCAAUGGCCAGCUUGAAGUUGCAGUCUAUGGAGCAAUAAUACAUGAGAUCAGGUUCUCUCAUCUUGGACAUAAUCUUACAUUUACUCCAAGAAACAAUGAAUUUACCCUCGAACUUAGCCCAAGAAGCUUUUCUUCAAAAAUUCGUGGCCUUUGUGGGGUGUGCGAUGAGAAUGAUGGCAAUGACUUUAUGCUAAAUAAUGGCUCUGUCACAUCUGACAGCAGUACGUUUAUUCAGGAAUGGACUGUAAAAGAACCAGGAAAGGUGUGUGAGGUCGAGAGAGAGCGCAAAUGUGCUGAACAUAGUGCUACCAAGUGCAGUGUUCUGUUAUCUGCUCAGUUUGAAGAAUGCCACAGGAUAAUCUCUCCAAACAUGUUCUAUGCUGCAUGUCAAGAAAACAGCUGCUACAGUGGUGAAAUCUGUGAGAUUAUAUCAUCCUAUGCUCAAGCUUGCAGGACAAAUGGGAUCUGCAUUGACUGGAGAAUGUCAGAGUUCUGUGUGAUGAACUGUCCCACGCAUAUGAUAUAUAAUCACUGCCAGAGAAGCUGCAUAAAGCACUGUGAGAAUGGUACCAAUGUCAGAGUCUGCAAGGAUUAUCCUACAGAAGGCUGCUUCUGUCCAGAUGGACAGGUGACCUUCAACAGCAAUUGUGUGGAUGAGGAAGUCUGCACACAGUGCAUCAGUGAAGAUGGAGCAUACCAUCAGCACAUGGAAACAUGGAUUUCUUCCAAUGAGCCUUGCAAGAUCUGCAUAUGCCUUGAUAACAGGAAGAUAAACUGCACUGUACGACCUUGCCCUACUGCCCAAUCUAUUGAAUGUGGCCCCUGUGAAGUUACUAGACUGCGCCGGGAUUCUGAUCAGUGCUGCCCAGAAUAUGAAUGUGUUUGUGACUUAGCGAGCUGUGAUCUGCCUCCUAUCCCCGAUUGUAAGGAUGAACUUCAGCCUGCCCUGACAAACCCUGGCGAAUGCAGACCAAAUUACACUUGUGUCUGCAAGAAAGAGAUGUGCAGGCUGAAGCACAUUCCACUGUGCCCACCCCACCGGGAGCUGGCUGUUAGGAAGACUCAGUGCUGUGAUGAAUAUGAAUGCACGUGCAGCUGCACCAACUUGACAGUGAACUGCCCGUCAGGAUAUUUAUCUGUGUCUGUCACCAAUGACUGUGGCUGUGUAACUACCAACUGCAUUCCAGACAGGGUUUGUGUGCAUCAUGGUAUUGUCUACCCCAUUGGUAAACUGUGGGAUGAAGGUUGCACAGAAUGCCUCUGCACGAAUAUGGAAGACGCUGUCACAGGGCUUCGAAUUGUGGAAUGUCAUGCGAAACCCUGUAACAAGAUAUGUCAUCAGGGUUACACAUAUGUCCAGCAGGAAGGGGAGUGUUGUGGAAAAUGUCAGAAGACUGCAUGUGAAGAACCACGCUUCUGGUCUCGGGGGGAUGUUGACGCUCGCUGGUAUGAGGUCGGCACAAAGUGGCGAUCCCCUUUCAAGCCUUGCAUCGUCAAUGAAUGCGUCCGAAUGAACAAUGAGGUUUUUAUCCAGAAAAUGAAUGUGUCAUGCUCUCAGAUGGACAUGCCUGACUGCCAGGUGGGAACUGAGCUACGCUGUGACCGGAUAAUAGACUGCUGUCCCUCAUGCUACUGUGAACCUGUGAAGGGUUGUGUUUUGAAUGGCACUAUUAUUGGGGUAGGGAAGCGCUUGAUGGUGGAUUUAUGCACGACGUGUGAAUGCACCACGCAAAGAGGACAGUUUCGCCAGUACAGACUUGAAUGUAGAAAAUUUUCCUGUGCACCCUGUCCAAAGAGUUAUCGGAUGGAAGAAAUCAGUGGCUCCUGCUGUGGGAGGUGUGCACAAAUUUCAUGUGCCAUCCGGCUGAGAAAUGGAAGAAUCAUGUAUUUGCAGCCAAAUGAGACAGUGCAAGAUGGCUGUGACAGUCAUGUCUGCAAAGUGAAUGAAAAACAAGAAUUUAUCUGGGAAAGGAGAAUCACUGGUUGCCCUCCAUUUGAUUCCAGGAGAUGCUUGGCUGAAGGAGGCAAAAUUGCAAAAAUUGACAAUACCUGCUGUGAAACAUGUAUAGAAGCAGAAUGCAGACCAUUUGUUUCUAGGCUAAAAUAUAUAAAUAUCAAUGAUUGCCUGCUUGAAAAUGAAGUACUGAUUUCCCAUUGUGAGGGCAAAUGUCAAAGCAGUACCAAAUAUACCACUCAGCUGGAUCGGUGGGAAGAUCAGUGUAGCUGUUGUACAGCUACUCACACAGAGGUGGUGGAAGUCCCUCUUCUCUGUGUCAAUGGCACGGUGGUGCAGCAUGCAGUAUCAUCUGCAUUGGCGUGUGACUGUCUGGCCCGUAAAUGCACAUAGUGGAUCUGUCCAGAAGCAUACUCAUUUAAUCUUAAUUUUCAUGACAAAUGGGAAUUUACCCAGCAAUUCUCAUUUAAGUGGCUUUUUUUAUAUUUAUACAACCACUGCACUCACUGUAUCAACAUACCAAGCAAUAAAAGUAAAGCUUAUUUACUAGCA